GGCAAUGACUUUGAACGAUGGAAAUACCACGUUUAUUCCCAGUGAAUUGUACAAUUUACCAAAGCUAUCAUCACUUGACAUUUCGCAUAACAAAAUUAACAGUAUUAAUUUGUUAUUAAGCCUGAAAAUGGAAAAUUUAAUAAUUUUUAACGCAUCUUUUAACGUAAUAUCUGAAUUAGAAAAAGAGUCAUUUGAAAGUUAUAAAAUUGGCUCAAAUAUAACUAUCAUAGAUCUUAGUCAUAAUGCUAUCACAACCAUACCUGAUAAUUAUUUCAGUAAAUUUUCUAAUUUACUUCAUUUAAACAUGUCAUACAACAAGAUUAACAGUUUAACCGUGGUAACGUUUGAGGGCUUGACUCAAUUGGAAACGCUAUUUUUAUCCUACAACAAUAUAAAAACAAUUGAUAUAAAUUUAGCUCGAUUUUCGAAUCUGAAAGAGUUGACUUUAGAUAACAAUGAUUUGUCUUCUUUAGAAGAAAACAAUUUUAAAAUGUUGACAAGCCUCAUAAAGCUAAAUUUAAGCUUCAACAAAAUUGUAUUUAUUGAAGACUCAAGUUUUCAGAAAAUGAUUAAUCUUCAGAAUCUCCAGUUAAAUAGUAACAACAUAACAACUAUUUCUAAAUCAAUGUUUAUUAAUAAUGCGGCGCUUCAACAAGUAGAUAUAUCUAAUAAUCAAAUUCAUACAAUUGAUCCCUUUUCUUUCAGAGGAACAAACAUAACUCUGUGCAAUUUUAGAAACAACGCUUUAACAAUUUUGAAUGAUAAAUCCAUUUUUUGUGGUAUUAAAGUAAAAGAACUUGAUUUGAGUGUCAGCAAUAUUAGCACACUUGGAGAAUACCUAUUUUUUGAGUUGCAAUCCGAGCUACUGAAGCUUAACUUAAGUUUUAAUUGUAUUACACAUGUGCAUGAAAAUUCAUUCCGAGAUUUGGCAGUGCUGUCUGAGUUAGACUUAUCUAACAACAAAUUGCUAAAUUUAGAUUUUAACUUGAGUGAUCUAAAAAGUUUGAAAUCGUUUAACAUUGAGAAUAAUCAAAUAAGGAAAAUAAGCAAGACCACGUUUCGAUGCCUGAAAUCUUUGUUGAAAGUGAAUUUUUCGAAAAACUCUAUAGAGGAGAUAGAAAUAUUUUCGUUUCAUGACCUCGAGAAAGUACAAGUAUUAGAUUUAAGUAACAAUAAUCUUUCGGGAGUUGUAGCUCCAUACACAUUUCAAGGAUUAUCUCUUACCUUCGAACUACGUCUAAUGUAUUCUGAUCUCACUUCCUUGCAAGACGCAGCAUUUUUUGGCAUGACAGCUCUUACCUUGUUAAAUGCAUCUCAUGGCGAUGUUAAGGUUUUAGGAUAUAAUGUUUUCAAUGGCACUACUAUCUGGACUCUAGAUCUAUCUCAUAAUCUUUUAAUUAUUUUUAGAGUUAAUAAUAGUUUUCUGAAACACUUGGUGGAAAUAUAUCUUAACAACAAUAAGAUUGAAAACAUAUCAAACGAAACGUUCCAUGGGCUAACAAAUUUAAAGAAAAUACAUUUAGAUAACAACUAUAUUAUGCAAAUCACUGUACGGGCGUUCAGUGGUUUGCACAAAGUAUCAUCUUUACAUAUUUCGUCAAAUACAGAUAUGAUGUUAGAUACAUCGAUGUUUUCAAAUAUGGCAUUGAGAGACGUAAAUCUCCAAAAUACUUGGAAACCAUUUAGUUUUAGUAAUGCGACAAAUGUCUCAAUUGAAAUGUUAGAUUUGUCUAUGUGUAAUAUAUCUAGGGCUAAAUCCAUUAUGAUCUAUAAAAUUAAAAAAAUAGAAACGUUGUUGCUUAGAUCGAAUCAUAUAAGUUAUGUAGACAGAUAUUCAUUUCAAAAUUUGAGUUCUUUGACUUUUCUAGACUUAAGUAAUAAUAUGAUAUCAAUAAUUCAGGCAGGAGCAUUCGUAGGUACACGUGCGCUUUCUAUAUUAAAUUUGUAUAACAACAAUUUGGUAUCUCUAAAAUUCGGCGUUUUUGAUGGACUACCUACUUUACAAGUACUGAAUCUAACCAGCAACGCGUUAAAAAGUUUUCAGGGCAGAUUAUUUCACAACAGUCACAAAUUAUCAAUCAUAUCCCUUGAUGAUAACAUGAUAGAAGAUAUUGAUUUUCACGAAGUCAAAGCGGCAGCAAUCCAAAAAAUUACUAUUGGCGGAAACUUGAUACCUUGUGAUUGUCUUGUGAAUGCAAAGAAAAAUAACUUUGAAGGCGUCUCAGUCACUUCUGAGAAAUUAAAAUUUCACGUUGAAAAUGUUGAUGGAAUUUCAUGCAAAGGGUCGCAAAUCCAUUUGGAUUCAAAAACAUAUUAUCAACAAAUUGACAGCGGAAAUAGAAAAGAAAUGGCAAAUAAUGAGAGUACAGAAGAGAUACAUUUUUUAGGAACGAAGAUUUUAAAGGUUCUUAAUAAUCAACUAGAUGCUUUAAAAUUUGCGAUGUAUUUCGAAGCUUCGUGCUUACUGAUUAUAUCGUGUUUGUUACUUGGGAUCAUUUCUUUUACUUACGUUAAGUUUCGAAGCAAAUUGGUCAAAACAUAUAGUUUGAGCAGUCGAAGGCGUUUGACAGAGAGUACAGUUGAAAUAGAGUUGUAAAUCUGCAAAGGGUUAGUAAAAUUAUUUUAAAACCAAUGACUUUGC